AUGAAUGGGCCUGGAAGGUGUUCUGGACGUGUGGAAGUUCACUAUCAAGGAAUCUGGGGGACGGUGUGUGAUGACCUCUGGGACAAGAAUGGGGCUGAUGUGGUGUGUCGACAGUUGCAGUGUGGUCAGUCCAUUUCAGCCCUGAGAGGAGCGCACUUUGGAGCAGGCUCAGGAAAAAUCCUUCUGGACAACGUACAAUGUACAGGGAAUGAGAGUCAUCUGGGGCAGUGCUCUCAUGUGGGCUGGGAUGCCCACAACUGCGGGCACCAGGAAGAUGCUGGGGUCAUCUGCUCAGGUGAUGAUUCCUCUGUUAAUCUAGCAACAGGAAAAUCUUCCUGUGGUGGCAUCAUUUCAAAUACAUCUGGAUCAAUUAGAAACCCUCCCCAACAUGAAAUGCAUGACAACAUAACAUGCAUUUGGGAAAUAAAGGCCAAUUCAUCUGAUUACAUAAUGCUGGCAUUUCCUUAUCUUAACCUGGACUGCACUAAUGAAUAUUUUGAAAUCCUGGACGGAGAUCGAUUUUCUUCUGAUUUCCUGGGGAGGACUUGUAAGGGGAUUCGUCUCACAUUCGCUUCCUCUUCUAACACAAUGACACUCGUGUACUACUGCAAUUACAACAAUAUAGGAAAGAACUUUGUUGCUUAUUAUUAUACUGUUUCCAAAGAAACUGUUUCUAAGACACCACAUGUAAUAGGAGACCCACAAGAACUGCGGCUGGUUGAUGGUCCUGGGAGAUGUGCAGGAAGAGUAGAAGUCUUUUACCAAGGGAACUGGGGCACUGUGUGUGAUGACCUGUGGGACCUUAAUGAAGCAGAAGUUGUAUGCAGGCAGCUCAAAUGUGGACAGGCUGUUUCUGCCCCAGGGAAAUCCCAUUUUGGCCCAGGCUCAGGCAAAAUUCUUCUGGACAACAUGCAGUGUGCAGGAGUUGAAAGUUACCUUGGGCAGUGCUCCCACUCUGAUUGGUACGACCACAAUUGUGGUCACCAUGAAGAUGCCAGUGUCAUCUGUUCAGCGGACUGGCCAAAACUACGACUAGUGGGUGGCUCGGGGCAAUGUGCAGGACGAGUGGAAGUUCAUUAUCAAGAUGUCUGGGGCACGGUGUGUGAUGACCUGUGGGAUCUAAAUGAAGCUGAGGUAGUAUGCAGGCAGCUGGGAUGUGGACAACCUGUGUCAGCCCCUGGAGAAGCAUACUUUGGUCCAGGUUCAGGAAAUAUCCUCUUGGACAAUAUGCAGUGUGCUGGGGCUGAACGCUACCUAGGUGAAUGCUCCCAUUCUGGAUGGUCCAAUCACAACUGUGGUCAUCAUGAAGAUGCUGGUGUUAUCUGUUCAGGUUCUUCAGAAAUUUCUAAAAAUGAUUCAGAAGGAGAAAGUAAUUCUUGUGGUGGUGUCAUUUCAAGUCUUUCUGGCUCAUUUUCUAGUCCGUGGUAUCCUGGAAAUUAUCCUACAAAUAUACAAUGUGUCUGGGAGAUACAUGUAGAUAAGAAAUUCCAUAUUGAGCUCAUGAUUCCAAAUCUAAAAUUGGAAGACAUCUAUGGCUGUCCUUAUGACUUCAUUGAAAUAUUUGAUGGGCCACAAGUGGCCUCUCUGUCCAUGGGGAGAUUCUGUUCACCUGUAGCACUGACAUUUCUGUCCUCUUCAAACAUCAUGACAAUUGUGUUCAGAAGCGACUUGAUGAUCACCAGCACAGGCUUUUAUGUGAUGUACAAUGCUGUUAGACAAAAAGAACAGGAAACAGAUAUAUCCCUGAGAUUGGUGAAUGGAAGUCACAGGUGUGAAGGUCGUGUAGAGGUGUACCAUAAUGGCACCUGGGGAACAGUGUGUGAUGACAGCUGGGACUUGACAGAUGCCCAAGUUGUAUGCCAACAGAUGGGCUGUGGACAAGCUCUGUCUGCACCAGGACAAAACCACUUUGUGGGAGGUUCAGGACCCAUAAUUCUGGAUGAUGUGAAUUGCAUUGGAAAUGAAGCCAAAGUGUGGCAGUGUAUGCACAAUGGCUGGUUCUCCCAUAACUGUGGUCACCAGGAAGAUGCCAGUGUCAUCUGCUCAGACCUGGAUGACAAGUCUCCACCAAUAGAUGAAAAUUUCCAUUGUGGUGGUUUGCUCACAAAUUCUUCAGGCUCUUUUUCCAGUCCUUGGUACCCUAAGAAAUACCCUACAAAUAUAGUCUGUUCUUGGGAAAUACAAGUGGACAGCAGAGCUCAUGUCAAACUCACAUUUGAUGUAGUGAAGUAA